AUGAGCGAGGAGGAGGCGCAGAGGUACGGCGGCGGGACCGGCGGCGGUGGCGUCGGGGCGCUGUCCGUGGAUCUGCUGGGCCAGGUUCUCGACCGCGUGCUGGAGCGGCGGGACCGCAAGGCUUGCCGCCUCGUCAGCCGCGCCUUCGCGCGCGCCGAGGCCGCGCACCGCCGGGCUCUGCGGGUGCUCCGCCGGGAGCCGCUCCCUCGCCUGCUCCGCGCCUUCCCUGCGCUCGAGCGGCUCGAUCUCUCGGCCUGCGCCUCGCUCGACGACGCGUCUCUUGCAGCCGCUUUGGCCGGCGCGGACCUCGGCACCGUCCGACAGGUCUGCCUGGCGCGGGCCAGCGGAGUGGGGUGGCGCGGGCUGGAAGCCCUGGUGGCCGCCUGCCCCAGGCUCGAGGCAGUCGACCUGUCGCACUGCGUCGGUGCUGGGGAUAGGGAGGCUGCCGCGCUGGCCGCGGCCUCCGGGCUGAGGGAGCUGAAUCUGGAAAAGUGCCUGGGCGUCACUGACAUGGGACUCGCCAAGGUAGCCGUGGGGUGCCCCAGACUGGAGAAUCUGAGCUUCAAGUGGUGCCGUGAAAUCUCUGACAUCGGUGUCGAUCUGCUUGUGAAGAAGUGCCGCGAGCUCCGCAGCCUUGACAUCUCCUACCUAAAGGUGAGCAAUGAGUCCCUCAGAUCAAUAUCGACACUUGAGAAGCUUGAGGAGUUGGCCAUGGUUGCUUGCUCAUGUAUAGACGAUGAAGGCCUGGAAUUGCUUAGCAGAGGAAGUAAUUCAUUGCAGAGUGUUGAUGUGUCAAGAUGUGAUCAUGUGACUUCCCAGGGGUUAGCUUCACUGAUAGAUGGUCACAGUUUUCUCCAGAAGCUAUAUGCCGCAGAUAGUUUGCAUGAGAUUGGACAGGAUUUUCUAUCCAAGUUAGUAACACUGAAGGCAACCUUGACCGUGUUGAGACUUGACGGCUUUGAAGUGUCAUCCUCUCUUCUUUCAGCGAUUGGUGAAGGUUGUAGCAACUUGGUUGAGAUUGGACUAAGCAAAUGCAACGGUGUUACAGAUGAAGGCAUCUCUUCGCUUGUAGCUUGCUGUAGCUACCUAAGGACAAUUGAUCUCACAUGCUGCAAUCUAGUCACAAACAAUUCCCUUGAUUCAAUAGCUGACAACUGUAAGAUGCUUGAAUGCCUCCGGUUGGAGUCCUGCUCUUCAAUAAACGAGAAAGGACUAGAGAGAAUUGCGAGCUGUUGCCCCAAUCUAAAGGAGAUAGAUCUCACUGAUUGUGGAGUGAAUGACGAAGUUAAUUCUCUUGCAGCGUUGCAUCAUUUGGCGAAGUGCUCUGAACUGCUGAUAUUGAAAUUAGGCCUGAGCUCAAGUAUUUCGGACAAAGGCCUUGGUUUUAUUAGUUCAAAGUGUGGAAAGCUCGUUGAACUUGACCUCUAUCGCUGCAGUUCUAUCACCGAUGAUGGGCUGGCAGCCUUAGCCAACGGCUGCAAGAAAAUUAAGCUGCUGAACCUUUGUUACUGCAACAAGAUAACUGAUAGUGGUUUGAGCCACCUGGGCGCUCUGGAGGAGCUCACAAACCUUGAACUGAGAUGCCUGGUCCGCAUUACAGGCAUCGGAAUUUCUUCGGUUGUCAUUGGCUGUAAGAGCCUGGUAGAACUUGACUUGAAGCGCUGCUAUUCUGUCGAUGAUUCUGGCCUAUGGGCUCUUGCCCGAUAUGCUCUAAACCUUAGACAGCUUACCAUAUCAUACUGCCAAGUUACUGGCCUAGGCUUGUGCCACCUGCUUAGCUCCCUGAGGUGCCUCCAGGACGUGAAGAUGGUGCACCUCUCGUGGGUUUCCAUAGAAGGGUUCGAGAUGGCUCUGAGAGCCGCUUGUGGGAGGCUGAAGAAGCUGAAGAUACUCAGCGGUUUGAAGACCGUGCUAUCCCCUGAUCUGCUCCAGCUGCUGCAAGCCUGCGGCUGCCGCAUCAGAUGGGUCAACAAGCCUCUUGUCUACAAGGAUGCCAUCUGA